UCUUUCUCUCUGUCUUUGCCGAAACACGACGGAGCCCGGCGCUCGAAGCGGAGGGACGGAGGAGCCUCCAAGCGAGGAAGUCAAAAGAGAGGGGAGUGGAGUGGAGGAGGAUGAGUGGCGGCGGCGGCGGCGGCGGGGGCGGGCUGAAGAGCUUGAUGGCGGCGGCGGUGGCGAGGGGGGUGACGGAGGCGAGGGAGAGGAUCUUCGGGCACAUUCUGAAUCCCACGGCGCAGCGGUCCCCCCACAAGCUCCUCAGGAAGAAGCUCAUCGGCGAGAAAGUCGCGCAGUGGUACCCCUACGACAUCAAGAAGGAUGACCCUCUCGUCAUGGCCCGUCAAGAGCAAGAGCGCUUAUCAAAGCUUGAAAUGUUGAAGCGUCGUGGGAAGGGACCACCCAAGAAGGGCCAAGGAAGACGUGCUGUGAAGCGCAACAAAUGAAACUGGGAUACUCACAUUAUUUGUGCACAUUUUGACUCAUUGUAUCAGUUAGAAUUUUAUUUUUGGCGGUUGAUAUUCUGUUUAUCUAGUUCUCUUUUUUCCUUCCCCUUUUUUAAUGAAUAAGUUCUGGCGAAAUGAAUGGGACAUGAUAGCAUUUGAGCCAUAACUUAACUUUGUCUAUAUGACUUUAUCCCAUUAAAAUCAGCCUUUGUUUAUCA